AUGACUGAAGACCAGAAGAAGUUGCCGAUGGUGCCUGAGACUGUUUUGAAGAGAAGGAAAAUUAGAGCUGCACAACGUGCUUCUCUUCUUAAGAAUAAAUUGGAGAAUAUUAAGAAGGCUAAGGUUAAAACGCAAGUUAUCUUUAAACGUGCUGAGCAAUACUUGAUUGCAUACCGACGUAAGCAGAAGCAAGAGUUGCAGUUGAAAAGACAAGCUAAGAAAGCAGGGAAUUUUUAUGUCCCAGAUGAGCCUAAACUUGCUUUUGUUGUUCGUAUUAAGGGAAUCAACAAGAUCCAUCCUCGUCCUCGAAAAGUUCUUCAACUUUUCCGCUUGCGUCAAAUCAACAAUGGAGUUUUCAUUAAAUUGAAUAAAGCUACAAUCCAAAUGUUGCGUAUUGCUGAUCCGUACAUUGCUUGGGGUUAUCCAAGCCAAAAGAUAAUUCGUCAACUUAUCUACAAACGUGGAUAUGUUAAAGUUAAAGGUCAGAGGAUGCCAUUAACUGACAAUAAUAUUGUUGAAGAAAAUCUUGGCAAGCAAGACAUUAUUUGUAUUUGGACUGUUGGCCCUCACUUCAAGCAAGUUACCAACUUUCUUUGGCCAUUCAAGUUGAGCAAUCCAUUGGGCGGCUUUAAUAAAAAGUCUAAUCACUUUGUUGAGGGUGGAGAUUAUGGAAACCGUGAAGAUCAAAUCAAUAAGCUUUUGGAGCAUUUAAAUUUUGAAUUAAGGACAAAUAGUAGGAUGAGUAGUAGUGAAGAAGUUUCUUGGAUUUCUUGGUUCUGCACUCUUCGAGGCAAUGAGUUUUUUUGUGAGGUUGAGGAGGAAUACAUACAAGAUCGUUUUAAUUUGACUGGACUGGCAGAACAGGUGCCGCAUUUUCGUCAAGCGCUAGACAUGAUUUUGGAUUUGGAGCCAGAUGAAGAUUAUGAAGAAGGGCAGAGUGAUUUAGUUGAACAAGCAGCAGAGAUGCUUUAUGGACUAAUUCAUUCACGUUAUGUUUUGACUAAUCGAGGGAUUCAAUUAAUGCAAGCAAAAUGGAAGAAUGAAGAAUUUGGAACUUGUCCUCGCGUUUAUUGUGAAAAUCAACCUGUUCUUCCAAUUGGCCUUUCUGAUGUUCUUGGUGAGUGCAUGGUGCGUAUCUAUUGUCCAAGAUGUUGUGAUGUAUACUUGCCUCGAUCGAGUAAACACCAACAUACCGAGGGAGCUUAUUUUGGCACCGGAUUUCCUCAUAUGUUCUUUUUUGUGCAUCCAGAACUGCGCCCUAAACGUACCGCCAAGCAAUACGUGCCAAGGUUAUAUGGCUUUAAAAUUAGUCCUUUGGCUUAUCAAAUUCAGGUAAAUUUCUCUUAA